AAGCUCAUCUCUUGCCUUCCACUGCCCCUCCGCCCCCCUUCCCCUCCUGCCCCCCGGCCAUUCUCCCUCGAUUCUCUAAAGCUCAACCCCAUCUCUACCCUCUCCCCCUCCCCUGUUCUCGAAGACCUCCUCCGCCAUUCAUCCUCCUCUUCCCCGUCCGCUACUCAAUCCCGCCGCUCUCCCCGCACUUCCCGCAAACCCCUCCUUGGCCGUCACCACGACCCCAACCGCGGCAAACCCUGGUCCGUCGACCCCCGCGUCUCCCUCCGCGGCCACCAUAUCCUCCGGUCACUCCUAAAUCUCCCCUCCCCCGACCUCGACGCCAUCCUUAGCCCGCUCCUCAACCCCGCUUGUAACGAUCCAGACUCCCUUCUCACCGAUCUUCUCGGCAUCAUUGAGGCCCUCGACUUCCACAAGCGCCCCACCACUGCACUCGCCGUUUUCGACAGCGCUCGGCGCGCCCACGGAGACGCAUUAUUCUCAUCUUCCGCUAUCAUCCCUGUAGUGAUCGGCAUCAUGGGCCGCCAUGGAGAGCUCUCUGUCGCUGCUACCCUCCUCGAUGAUUUCCGCAGUCAGCAUUGCCCGGUCGACGUUUACGCCUACACUUCCCUAAUCACCGCCUACGCCCGAAACGAGCGUUAUCUCGACGCUGUUUCCGUGUUCCGGCGAAUGGUGGAGGAGGGUAUUAAGCCAACGCUGGUAACCUAUAACAUUGUGCUGAACAUCUAUGGCAAGCUCUUCAUGCCCUGGCACAAAAUCGUCUCCCUUGUUCAAGUCAUGAAGAGGGAUGGGAUAGCUCCUGAUCGGUACACUUACAAUACCCUCAUCAGCUGCUGCCGCCGAGGAUCUCUGCAUGAAGAAGCCGUUGAGUUAUUUAAGGAGAUGAAAUCAUUGGGAUUAGGACCUGAUAAAGUCACUUACAAUGUGCUUCUGGAUGUGUAUGGAAAGUCUAGGAAGCAUGAAGAGGCUAUGGAGGUGCUUGCAGAGAUGGAUGCGAAUGGUUUUCCUCCUACAAUAGUUACAUACAACUCUUUGAUCUCAGCCUAUGCAAAAGAUGGGAUUUUGGAGAAAGCAAUGGAGCUCAAGGUACAAAUGGAAGCUAAGGGGAUAGAGCCUGAUGUCAUUACUUACACUACUUUGAUAUCUGGUUUUGAGAAGGCUGGCAAGGACGAGCUUACCAUGAAACUUUUUGAGGAGAUGGAGAGUAAAGGAUGCAGACCAAAUCUUUGUACCUACAAUGCUCUGAUCAAGAUGCAUGGAAAUCGGGGUAAGUUUGCAGACAUGAUGAGUGUUUUUGGAAUGCUCAGAUCAAACGGCUUUACACCAGAUGUUGUCACUUGGAAUUCUCUGUUAGCAAUUUUUGGUCAGAAUGGGAUGGACACGGAAGUUUCUGGUGUUUUCAAAGAGAUGAGGAAAGCUGGGUUUUUGCCGGGAAGGGAGACCUAUAAUACCUUGAUUAGUGCUUAUAGUCGAUGUGGAUUAUUUAAACAGGCUAUGGAGAUCUACGAGAACAUGCUUACUUCUGGAAUUGGGCCAGAUCUAUCCACUUAUAAUGCUGUAAUGGCUGCAUUGGCUCGUGGAAAACUAUGGCAACAAGCGGAGAAGAUACUUGCUGAGAUGAAAGCUCUCAACUGUAAGCCAAAUGAACUGACUUUUUGCUCUUUGUUGCAUGCAUAUUCCAACGCAAAGGAGCUUGAUAGGAUGAAAUCCGUUGAAGGAGAUAUAUAUGGUAGGGUUAUUGAACCACGAAACAUUCUUUUCAAAACUCUUGUUUUGGUAAAUAGCAAGAACAAUCUUUUUCCAGAGACAGAGCGGGCUUUCUUGGAGUUGAGGAAGAGAGGGUGCUCACUUGAUAUAAAUAUUUUGAAUGCAAUGGUAUCCAUCUAUGGUAGGAGGCAGAUGGUUUCAAAGGUUAAUGAGAUCCUUAAAUUUAUGAAAGAGAGUGGUUUUACUCGCACUCUGACCACAUACAAUAGCUUGAUUAAUAUGUAUAGCAGGUUGGGAGAUUUGGAGAGGGCUGAUGGUACUCUUAGGGAGAUCAAGGAAAAAUGCGGGCGGCCUGAUCUAUAUUCCUACAACACUGUCAUUUAUGCUUAUGGAAAGCAUGGCCGGAUGAACGAAGCCUCCAGGAUAUUCUCUGAUCUUCAGGCUUCAGGACUUAAGCCCGAUAUUGUUACUUAUAAUAUUUUUGUUGCUUGUUAUGUGGCCAAUUCAAUGUUUGUGGAAGCAAUUGAUGUGGUUGUCUACAUGAUAAAGCAUGGAUGCAGGCCGAAUGAGAACACAUAUAACUCAAUAGUAGAUGGUUACUAUAAGCAAGGGAGGAGAGAUGAGGCUAGUGCUUUUGUUCAGAACCUUCAACAGAUCAAUCCAAGGAUUUCAAAAGAGCAACUGAAGAGAUUAUCUGAACGGUUAGCUAGAUCUUCCGUUUGAUCCUCGUAAAGCUUUGGAUGAGAAUUUUGCAACAAGAAAGGGCAAAAUAUGAACUUGUGCAUCUAAGGUCCCAUUGUUUGUUGAUCUUCAUCCUGCAGACAUUCUAUUUAGGUUGUAUUGUGAAAUCUGUGAAGUUUGGUUUCCAAGACUGGGUUUGGUGUUUGUAUUUUUAGAACAAGAUCCUGGCUGGGUUUAUGGAAACGCUAGAUGCAUUUCCGGCAAAACAACAGGGGCUGCCUCAAUGACUUGAGGUUUGUGAAUUAAAGGGUCUGAUUUUUGCUCUUCAUGACACCAGAAGGAGCAGGCAAUGUCAAGGGAUUUGUUUGUGGAUGAUACAACGAGAAGAUCUAUGGGACACAUUAUGGGGCGUGUGCUCAUCAAAAUUUUUCCAGGUGUUAAAAAUGGUUGCUUGUUUCACACCAUGAUGUCAUAUGAGGAGGACCACCUUGAAAUUUGAAAUAGAGGUUGCCACAAAGUCUUAACUGGAGCCUACAAAAAUCCUCAAUUAUAGUUGAUCAUCAAUGUUUCAAGAUGAACUCUUCCCUAUAUUAACUCGACGUUCUCACCUAAUUUCAUAAAUAAUUCAUUGAAUUCUUACUUGCUGAAGCAUGUGUGAGGGUCUCGAGAGAAGUUCUGAUUGUUAUUUCUCCUCUUUAAGUUUAUAAUGAGUUUGUUGCCACUUGUGGAUGGAGGGAAAUUGUCGAGCUGUAUUAAACUCUUGUAUUUUGUGUGUUUGCUAUUUUAUUUCUUGAAUUUUGGAGGUUCACUCGCUUAGAUUUUGUCAUUGAUGAAGACUUUGAAUGAAAUAACAUAUAUCCAUAUUGGCAUUACCUCAGGGAUUAGCACAUUAAAGUCUGAGAAAAACUAUUAGUCUAGGAGCAAUUCUAAAAUGUGCAACGCCUCUUUUUUGUAAGGAAAUUUACAUACCACACAAUUUUUAUGAAUGUUUAUGUGUUAGUUAUGUAAAUACAUAUGAAUUGUGUGGUAUGUUAGUAAAUGUCCCUUUAUUUUUGGCACUUCAUUCGAAUUGUACAUGUGGCUAGCUAGACCUGGCAGCUUAGCGCUAAAAUCCAUACGAAGUGGCUUCACGCCUGCAAGUCCGCAUUGACAUUUCCUGCUCUGCAGCUUUCUUUUUGCCCGUUCCUGUAUUUUCUUUCCAACUGUUCCUUUUUUAUUCUCUUCUCUUGAACUCCAUAUUGGCUUUCUUUCAAUCGAUUCACAUAACACAUAACACUAAAUUGUUUAUUAUCGUGUUCUCCCUUGAGACUAAUCAAUUUAUCAGACAUUACUCGGUGCCUUUGAACUGUCAAUAUUUUGUUUACUUGUCAUUCCGAGUUGCUUUGACAUCUUAUAGCCUAAAGGUUGCCAUUACUACGUGCGACUUAAAAGACAUUAUGAUCUGGCAACUGGCAGGUUUUGUCUACUUAUUUGUCUGAGUUAACAUAACCAGAGAAUUGUCACUAGUGCCCAUAGAUAUAAGUAGUUCCCAUGUCUCAUUUGUGCCAUUUUAACGACUAUCUCCAGUAGUCAAUAAGAGAGUGUUCAAUUUUGCAUGUUAAUAUGUGUAGAUAUGGGCUUAGAAAGGGAUCAUGCCAAUAUUGAUAUUGAACUCAUUAAAAUUUCUAUUUUCUUUCUUUGUACAGCAUCACUUUUCGCUAGAGAAGAGGUAGACUUAUCUUGUUUGAUGUUUUUCUUUUUUUUUUUUUUUAGCUAAACCAAUUAAAAAUACAAAUGUUUUUGUAUGCUUGUCUAGGCUUCUAUUUCCUCCUCCUCUUUCCUAUACUUUCCAUACUUAAAAUUCAAGUUUUGGUUUGGAAUUUCAUUAUAUGCAAUUUUUCACCCUACAUCUACUAUGGAGUAGAUUCUACUAUGAAAAUAAAAGGACAAUUACUUACAUAGCACCCCGAAAUAUUGUUAUUUAUAAAAUCUUAGCGCCCUACUAAAUUGAUGUAUUUAUGCGUGUCAUGAUCAAAUUACGAUCAAAUCAUUGAGAAUUUGAUAAAAAUGAAAAUUUAGGGUUGGUGUUUUAUUGUGUAU